AUGAGGGAAGAGACCGAAGAUAGUGACGAUGAAAUACAAAAAAACAAUGAAACAAGUGUUGAUGACGCUGAGAAUGACACUGAGGAUAGUCAUGAUGACAAUUCCAAUAGUGAAGAGGAAAACAAAGACAAUAGUGGUGGGAGUGAUGAUGACAAUGACAAUGAUGAUGACGAUGAUGACAAUGCCGGUGAAGAUGAUGACGAGAGCAGCAAUAGGAGUGAGGAGGAGGAGAUUCCUCGGAAGAAAAAAAGUGCAAAACUUAAGGGAGCAUACCCGGAUCCUACUCCUUAUAAGAAGAAGAUCAAGGCACGCUCCUUGCAAAUAUUGAGGCGAGGGUCGUUUGGGCAGUUCUUCUCUGCAGUAUAUGAUGGAGUGAUCACAAGGAAAAUGAUGACGAAGUCUAUCAACGGAUUAUUGAAAAUCCUUGAGAACUAUGAUAAGGCCAAGAAGUCUUCAUCUUUGCUGGCAAGACUUUUAGAAUUUCUGAUAGCUUCAUAUCGCAAUUGUUUGAGACUCAAGGGGCAGUUUGUGGAUUCCAAGUCAAAUGAGGAAGUUCCGGAGAAAUUGUUUCGCAAGGUGAAACAAGAACCUGAGUUUAGCAGCUCUGACGAAGACGAAAAUGCUAAGAAACAUGAAGGCCCGAUGCCAAAAUGUCAUGUCGAGGCACUGGAGGCACAAAUAGCAGACCUCCAGGAGAAAAAUAUUGGAUUGCAGCAAAUCAAGACGAGUCUGGAGGAGAAAGUAGUAAAGCAUGAGGAUGAGAACGAAAGGCUGAGACACGAGUUGGAGAAAUUAAGAGAGAAAAGCAAAGAAGAUGAUGAAAAAAAUACAAGAAUAUAG